UCACAGGACCAAAUCCCCCUGCUGUCCACCGCCGGCCCCCGGGGGUUGGGCUCCCGCUCAGGGCCCUCCCAAUGGCUGGGAGAUGUCGCUGUCUAGAGAGGCCCGAGAUUGCUACGUUAAUCACCUCUCGCAGUCCAGUUCUCUGGAGGAGGUGCGCGUUGAUGUGGAGAAGUUUGUCCCUCCGGCACCGAGGAAGGUGGAGAUGAGACGAGACCCGGUGCUCGGCUUUGGCUUCGUGGCGGGCAGUGAGAAACCUGUCGUGGUUCGAUCUGUUACUCCAGGAGGGCCUUCAGAAGGAAAGCUGAUCCCAGGAGAUGAAAUAGUGAUGAUAAAUGAGGAACCCGUGAGUUCGGCUCCAAGGGAACGAGUGAUCGACCUAGUCAGGAGCUGUAAGGAGUCCAUCAUCCUGACGGUGGUGCAGCCGUAUCCUUCUCCCAAAUCUGCCUUCAUCAGUGCAGCUAAAAAGGCCAAGUUGAAAUCCAAUCCGGUCAAAGUGCGCUUUGCUGAAGAAGUCAUUAUUAAUGGACAAGUGCCGGAGUCGGUGAAGGAUAAUUCUCUGCUCUUCAUGCCAAACGUGUUGAAGGUUUAUCUGGAAAACGGACAAACCAAAUCCUUCAAGUUUGACUGCAACACCUCCAUUAAGGAUGUUAUUCUGACGCUGCAAGAGAAGCUGUCUAUUAAAAGCAUCGAGCACUUCUCUCUGAUGCUGGAGCACAAGGUGGAAGGAUCUGCAACAAAACUGAUGCUUUUACACGAACAGGAGAUGCUAACGCAGGUGACUCAGAGGCCGGGCUCACAUAAGAUGAAGUGUUAUUUCCGCAUCAGUUUCCUUCCUAAAGAUCCUGUAGAUCUGCUGAGGAGAGACGCUGCUGCGUUUGAUUAUCUCUAUGUGCAGAGCUGUAAGGAUGUGGUGCAGGAGCGUUUCGGAUCGGAGCUGAAAUACGACACAGCUCUUCGUCUCGCUGCUCUUCAGAUGUACAUCCUGACGCUCAGCACCAAACACACACAGAAGGUCUCGCUCAAGUACAUUGAGAAGGAAUGGGGUUUGGCUCAGUUUCUGCCUCCAGCCGUUCUGUCCAGCAUGAAGGAGAAGAACAUCAAGAAGGCUCUCACACACAUCCUGAAGACCAACCAGAACCUGGUGCCUCCUGGCAAAAAGCUGACGGCGUUACAGGCGAAGGUUCAUUAUCUGAAGUAUUUGAGUGACCUGCGGCUGUAUGGAGGACGAGUGUUCAAGUCUACACUGGUUCAAGGAGAGAAACACACUGAAGUAACGCUGCUGGUGGGACCAAGAUACGGCAUCAGUCAUGUGAUCAACACCAAAACCAACCUGGUGGCUCUUCUGGCCGACUUCAGCCAUGUGAACCGCAUCGAGAUGUACACCGAGGACGAGAGGAACGUGCGGGUUGAGCUUCACGUACUCGAUGUUAAGCCCAUCACACUCAUAAUGGAGUCCAGUGAUGCCAUGAAUCUGGCGUGUUUGACCGCGGGUUACUACAGACUGCUGGUGGAUUCACGGAGGUCCAUCUUCAACAUGGCCAACAACAGUAACACUGCGGGACACGACACGAGGAUCAAGCACAACUACCAGGCAAUCGACUGGAAUUACGGUACCUGUGGUGGAUGCAAUGAGCCUCAUCCUGAAUACGCCGUCUGUGGACGAAGAGAGUGUGACAUUUCCCCCAGUGAAAUUCACCAGGCGCAUCAUAUGCACGGGGACGAGAAAGCUGAAAGGCAGAGCAGAGGAAGCCACAUGCAUGCUCAGCCCUACUUCAACAUCCCAAAAGGCAAACCUCAAGAAUCGCCCAGAAGCGCCAAGGUGUCGUUCAUAUUUGGCGAUCCUCCGCUGGACUCGGUGAACCCCCAAAAUCUGGGAUACCACAGACUGAUGGAAGACAUCCCAGAGGUCCUGGAGGAGCAUCGGUAUUUGUAUGCACAACAGAAGGACUACAAACCUCUGGAAGCGUCAUUGGAGGUUGACGGUUUCCAAUAUGGUACCCAUAUGGUAUACGGGGACGCCAAGAUCUUCGGUACGACCGAGGGCAUUGAGGAGCCUCUGCUGCAUGAUAUCUGCUACGCCGAAACUACAGAUGAUGCAGAAGAUGAUGAUGACAUUAGUUGUGAGGAGGACAUGAUGAUGAUGAUGGGAGAGAUGAAGGACAAAGCGAACUCUCUGUUGUCACUUUCAGAAUCAAGUGAUGAUAUUAUUGACCUUACUUCGCUGCCACCACCGCCUGAAGGGGACUACGAGGAGGACAGUGACGAUCUGUUGGAGUCACUAAAUUUGGCAAUUGCCGCUCCACCACCAGGAUUCAGAGAUAGCUCGGAUGAAGAUGACCACCAUGAUAGAAAAAUGGCGAAAAACGACAUCCCUGUGUCGCUGAUCGAUUCCGUGCCGACGCAGGUUGCUGGUGGGAGCGAGGAAGUGUUUAAUGAUGCCGUUGUCUCAACACUUCAAGCACUAGAGGCCCUGGCGGCCUCAGAGGAUCAGUCUCAUCCACAAUCAGACAAUAGUUCAGGUGUAGAAAUAUCUCGGUCCUUUAGCCCCGAGUCCUCUUCUGAUUCUGGGAACGAGACAAAUUCAUCUGAAAUGACGGAGAGUUCAGAGCUGGCCGCAGCUCAGAAACUCUCCGAAAACUCUCUGAAAAUGUUUGUAGCCACAGCAGAGGGGUACCAAACUCUAGCUGAGGAGGAGACUGAAUUCCGCUUGGCACCAUCUCUAGAUGAUCCCCAGUCCUCUGCGGUCGCCAAUCUCCGCUCAGACCACUUUGAGAUGGAACCGGAAACAAUGGAGACCAAGUCAUUGACGGAGUACUUUAGCAAAAUGCACAGGGAUGUGAUGAGGGGAAUGGCACAGGGGAAGGUUGAGGAGCAGGACAGCGGGAUGAAAUCCAGUGCAGAAGCAGCAGCCCGACAGUUGAAUAUUGCAGAAUCUGAAGAUCUGGUUGGGAUGUACAGCAACUUCAAUGGGCGGGAUUCCCAGUGUUCGGCUCCCUUUGACAUGGAAAGUAUGUCUUAUGCCUUUCAGGGAAGCAAUCAAAGAUUGCAUAUGAUUCUGAAUAAUAAAUCUGAAGAGCACAUUUACUCUGAGGUGGCUGGAGACAGCGCUCCAUUACAUGCAGACAGGGUUGCUCAAAAGGUCAGUUUGGAGGACUCGAUAGACUUGAAUGCAAGUUCCCCCGCCAAAGAGCAGUAUCUGGUCGAGCGAGCCCGGAGUGAACACCAACAAAGCAAGGGAGCUUCAUCUGAACAAGAAGUGACCCGUUUGUACGAGUACCACUUGUCCAAAAGGAUGUCAUCUUUACAGAGCGAGGGUGUUCAUUCCCUCCAGAGUUCCCAGUGUUCGUCCAUUGAUGCCGGCUGCAGUACGGGAAGCAGUAACUGCGUUACACCAAUGGACUCUCCUCUGUGCACAGUAGAUAGUGUCCAUCUGCAUACCGAGUCCUCUAUGAAAGGUCUUGGAUAUACAAAUCAGAAUGUAGAUGGAACUUUUUUGCGGAAGCACCACGGACAGGCUGGCGCAGAGUCAGGUCGAGAGGGAAGCCAAAGGUUGCCCAAGAUCAGAGAAACUACAGUGUAGCGAUGCUGCGGAUGGAGAUAAACGUGGAUUUGCUCUCACCGAAUGCCCAUCUUCUUCUUCAUCCAGAGCACAGCUUGUUUUGUGCCAAGCCAGAGGUGAUGGGACGUCCCGAAUGCUUCCCUGUUUGUUGGUGCACUCGGCCUCAGUCCACCCGCUCUGGUUGCCUCAGGGAGGUGGAAAGGGAUUAUUAAAUAAGACCACUAUUGGCUCAGGGAGCAUACACACUUUCUAUGGAAACGAGAUGGCCGUAAUCAUCCAAGCGGUGGUGCGAUGAGAGGCUGAUUACUAGUCUGUCAUUUACAGAAGUCAACAUGAGAAAUCAGUUCACACAUGCUGAAGCUGCUGCGCUUGUUUUUUAAGCGUGCGUACAUAUUGAAAUGCAUCAAAAUUGAACGCGUUCAUAGCUUAAAAUGUAGGAGGUCUGAGUAAUGACUGCAAUUUAAAAGGAAGUCGCUCAUUUUUCUGACCUCGUUUUGUUGUGUUUUAAGCAAAACUAAAUAAUUAUAAUGCAUUUGUGUUCUGGUGCGAGACGUUUAUCUUACAGUUUUUAAGUUAAGAUGUUUUCGUUGUGCUGAAUGCACUAAACAACAGAAGUAUCUGCAAAUGGGCUCUGAAGAGUAAAGUCAAAUUGAGACUCAAUUUUCUGACACCAUUAGCAGACUUUUAUUUAUUUACUUGCAUUAAUUUCCAGUACAAUCUUCGUCAAAAUGAAAGGUGUUAUAGUGCACUGAUGCACACAAUAACAAAAGUGUGCAAACAAAUGGAUCAUUUAAUUAGGUUAAGCCAAGAUCAAAUUUCUCACACCAAGUUACUUUAGUUACUGUUACUACUACUAAUUAAUUCAUUUAUGUAUUUAUUACUCGCUCAGUUAUCUCGGUUUGAAACGUUUUAGAUAAUAGUUUUGACAAAAACAAGACAAGAACACAAAGAAAAUUAGUUAGAAAUGUAUUUAUUUACUUAUUAAUUUAUUUACUUAAUAAAAAUUGAAGGUUUUUUUUUAACCCAACGUUUGGUCAAAUAUGGACCAACCAAACAGUUGGGUUAAAACAUGUAAUGCAAAUGAUUCAUUUUUGACCAAACAUUAGGUUUAAACAACCCACAACAUUUAGAGCACUUUUAAUUUAUUUAUUUUAUUAUAUAUAUAUAUAUUUUUUUUGCAAUAGGUUGCAAUAUAGAGAUGCUGGGUUGUCACAUCUAACGUUGGGUUAAAUAAUGACAAACCAAAACAAUUUUAAUUACACUUUUUAACCAAACAGUUGGAUUUGUCCAUAGUUGACCCACUGUUGGGUUAUGGCAUAUUUUACACGUGAAAAUUGUUGGUUUGUAUUAACCCAAUGUUGGGUCAAAUGGACAAACACAACUGCUUUUUUUCAUAUAAUAUAUCAUAUAAAAAUAUAAUAUAAAAAUAAAUAUAAUUGUAGAACAGAAUAAGACAGUUUAGAUGAUCCAUUUUUGACUAAAAGUUAAGUUAAAACAACCCACAACAUUUACAGCACAUUUAAUUAUUAUUUGCAAUAAGUUGCAAUAUAGAGAUGCUGGGUUGUCGCAAUCCAACGUUGAUGGGUUUAUAAAUAAUUUAAAUUUAAUUCAAUUUACCUUUAUGUAUAUAGCACUUUCACAACGAUUGUGUCAAAGCAGCUUCACAUAGAAUAAGAAAGACAGUUUAGUUGAUCCAUUUUGACCAAACAUUGGGUUAAAACAACCCACUGCCUUUAGAGCACAUUUAAUUUAUUUUGCAAUAAGUUGCAAUAUAAACAUGCUGGGUUGUUGCAAUCCAGCGUUGGGUUAAAUAUCGACAAAUGGAACAAUGGCUUAAACUUAAUUUAUUCUAAUAGACACUUUUAACCAAACAGUUGGAUUUGUUUAUUCAUGUUUGACCCAAUGUUGGGUUACAGCAUAUUUUACUUCAAAAUUGUUUUAUUAACCCAACAUUGGGUCAAAUAUGGACAAACCCAACUGCUUUUUAAAGAUCAUUUAGUGUAGUGUAGGGUGUGUGAAUUUAGAUUGAAUGAUUCUAACAAUGGCUGGGUUGUUUUAACCCGAUGUUGGGUCAAAUAUGCACAAAUCAAACAGAUGGGUUAAUACAUAACUUAAAUGAUACAUUUUUGACCAAACAUUGUGUUAAAGCAACCCGCCAUCUUUAGAGCACAUUUAGUUUUUAUUGCGACAAGUUGCGAUAUAAAAAUGCUGGGUUGUUACAAUCCAAGGUUGGGUCAAAUAUGUACAAACCCAACAAUGGGUUCAUCCUUCAAUUACAUUUAUUUACUCUUUUAAAACAAAUUGUUGGACUUGUCCAUAU